CGCCCCUCUUCCCGCCCCUUCCCCCGGUGCGGGAACCGCCGGAGCCACGACGGGAGCGGGGACGGAACCGCCGCUUCCCGGAGGAGAAGGCGGAGAGCGCGGGAGAGCCAUGAAGCCACCGCAGCGCGGCAGCGGCGCGCGGUGAGCGCUCCCGCAGAACCCUUGCCCCGUCCCGGCGGCCGUAGCGCCGUUCCCGCCUAAACGCGGCGGCGUUGCCGGCCGUGAGGGGCCCCGCGGCCAUGAAGGCGCUGCGGCGGCUGAGCCGGCACCGCACCGCGCUGGGGCUCGGCGGGCUCUCGCUCUGCGCCGCCGUCCUGCUCUACCUCGCCAAGUGCACCUCCGAGGGGCUGCGCCCGCUGCCCGCGCCCCCCGCGCUCCCGCACAGCCAGCCCGGCCGGGGGGCCCGCGCCGCGCCGCCGCCCGUUCCCGAGGGCAGCGCCUUCGUGGCCGUGGUGGUGAUGAGCGGCCCCAAGUACAGCGAGCGGCGCAGCAUCAUCCGCAGCACCUGGAUGGCGGCGGCGCGGCAGGCGCCUCACGGCCGCGUCUGGAGCCGCUUCGUGGUGGGCACGGCGGGGCUGGGCGCCGAGGAGCUGCGGAGCCUGGAGCUGGAGCAGAGCCGCCACCGCGACCUGCUGCUGCUGCCCGAGCUGCGCGACUCCUACGAGAACCUCACGGCCAAGGUGCUGGCCACCUACGUGUGGCUGGACGCGCACCUGGACUUCCAGUUCGCCCUCAAGGCGGACGACGACACCUUCGUGCGCUUGGACGUGCUGGUGGAGGAGCUGAGGGCCAAGGAGCCGCGGCGCCUCUACUGGGGCUUCUUCUCGGGCCGCGGGCGGGUGAAGUCCGGCGGCAAGUGGAAGGAGAGCGCCUGGCUGCUGUGCGAUUAUUACCUGCCCUACGCGCUGGGCGGCGGCUACGUGAUCUCCGCCGACCUGGUGCGCUACCUGCGCCUCAGCAGGGACUACCUGAACCUGUGGCAGAGCGAGGACGUGUCCCUGGGCGUGUGGCUGGCGCCCAUCGACGUGAAGAGAGUGCACGACCCCCGCUUCGACACCGAGUACAAAUCGCGCGGCUGCAGCAACAAAUACAUCGUGACUCACAAGCAGAGCAUCGAGGACAUGCUGGAGAAGCACCAGACGCUGGCCAAGGAGGGCAAGCUCUGUAAGGAGGAGGUGAAACUCAGGCUUUCCUACAUGUACGACUGGGGAGUGCCUCCCUCGCAGUGCUGCCAGAGGAAGGACGGCAUCCCCUGAAAGCCUCGGGAGGAAGCCUCAGCAUGGGGGACUCUGGUUGCUGUUACUCGGGGAGAAUCCCGUUCAAAUGGAAUUCUUGCCUCGGUUUCUCCCUCAGAACAUUGGGCCCAAGGCUUUGGGGUGCAGGCGUGGCUGGCUUUAGGGAAGGGCAGAGUCCUGGAAUCUCCCACUCCGUACCCAAGGACGGGCUUCCCAAAUCCCAGCCAGGUGCUGCGGAUCCAGAACUCCAGCAGAACGGAGUGGGAAGAGCUGCUGCAAUGGAAUGCUUGCCUCAGUUUCUCCCUCAGAACAUUGGGAACAAACGAUUCCCCUCAGGCACCGAUCCCAAAGGCUUUGGGAUGCAGGCCUGGCUGCAUUUAGGGAAGAGCAGUUAGUUAGAGUCAGGGGUUAAUUACUCUUUUAAAAAGAUUUUGCACGACUCAUUCUGUCGCCCCGAGGCUCCCGGAGAGCUGCUGACGUGGCAUGGCUAGAGACGCUUAAAAAAUAAAACAAAAGUGCCAGGAAGCACAGCAAAAGGUCAAAUGCCAGGAUUGGAGGCAAUUAAAAGGUGUCAAACCACAAAGAGCAGAGAAAAAGGGGGCAGAGAACCGGAAUGAAAGGCUGGAACGGAUUCUGAGCCCGAUCUGCUGAAGGUCACGCGGAGUUUUGAUGCUGAGGAGACUCAAGUGAGGCUGCUGUUUAUUCCUUGGCGAGGAAAUGCCAGCUUGGCGCGGAGGGAAGAGCCCGGAGUGGGAGCAGAGGAUUCCGGAGGGCAGGAACAGGAUCAGCUUUUCCCGGGGUGCCUGCAGGGAGAGCUCUCUGAAGCUCUGAAUCAUCAGCUCUGCUCCUUGGGCUUGUUCUGCUCUCUCCAAGGCAAUGUACAGAAUCACCUCCAGCUCCAAAGGCUGAGUUUUGGCAGAAAUUAAAUUUAUUUCUAUUUCGGGAGGAGAUUUUUUUGGCUUUGCAAAGCCUCCAGGUGUUGUUUUGAGCUCAUUUCCCUCCAGCACUCACUCAAGAACUCCCUGGCUGCUCCAAAUGUAAUUUAUUUUUCAUACAAAUCAGCAAGAAUCGAUCAGUGGGAGUUCAAAAACCAUUUGCCCAAAGGUGGGGGUUCAAGGUGUAAAAGUGAAAUUUGUGUAAUCGAGAGGAAAAGGUUCCCCCCACCCCAAAAAUUCAACUUGGAGAAUUCAUUCCUCUUUGCAGCACACUAAAAAAUCACAUUUCAGUGCUCAGAGCUGGGGGAAUCCCCUCCUCUCUCCAGAAAUUCCUUGCAGAGGAACUCAAAUUGAAUUCAUCAUUAGGAUGUGUCCAAAAUUUGGGGUUUUUGCCUCCUUCUCUCCAGAAAUUCCUUGUAGAGGAACUCAAAUUCAUAAUUAGGACAUGUCCAAAAUUUGGGGGUUUUGCCUCCUUCUCUCCAGAAAUUCCUUGCAGAGGAACUCAAAUUGAAUUAAUAAUUAGGACACAUCCAAAAUUUGGGGUUUUUGCCUCUCCAGAAAU